UGUCAAUGCACUACAUGUAUUGACGUUGGUUGGUCUCUGGUACCGUUGGUAGUUUCUGGUACGGUGUACCAGUUCUCAUGCAUAAGAGUAUAAUGGUGAUGCUUUCCAAACGAAAUGUCACAGGAACUUCAACCAGGACAGUAGUCAUGUUCAUCUCGCUACCGGCAGUGUGAAUUUGCAACCAUUGUUGUGUAGGCCUACACUUGUCUUUGUGCCUUGUAAUUUGUAAUGCGACACUAUGGCACAGAGCGUGGCUGUGACGAAAACGCCUGCCGCGCAGCCAAGCAACCUCGCCCCAACAAUAAUACAAGAUGGUAUGGAAGAAGGUAACUUACCUCCACAAGAAGGCCUGGCACCAAGGAGGCCAGCAACAGACAUGAUGGCUGGUGAUGACCCAGCACAGGAGCACCGUACUCAGGAGGAUAAAAUCAACAGCAAUGACGUCGUCCAGUCCAUGGACCCAGGAAAGCUUCUGAGCCCAAAGGAUGUCAACAAGGAUGACUCGACUCCACUCCAGGAAACGGUGGCUAACGGAGAUCGCAAUCAAAAGGAAUGCAUAACAAACAGUAACCUGACAUCCUGUCAUUGUCCAGAUAAACGUCUGACACGACCGGUGCCACCGGCUAAACUUCAGUCCAGUCCUAAAAGGCCUUUAACGAGAGCACCACCACCAAAGCUACCGCCCAAACCACCACAUCUGAUGUAUAAACGAUCCCCGAGCUCAGAGAAUUUAUUUGCGAGGCGGAAACUUCAGGAAGUUGAAGCCGAAGUGAAAGUGAGGUCUCAAAGUGUCAGUGUGUCGCCAACGCAACAGAGGGAGGAGAGCCCAGAGAGAAAAUUAUUCAAGCGGCCGGUUCCCGCUCCACGAAAGUCUCUACCCUGUAUCUAUCCAGAUGGUCUUUCCCUUGUUACAGACAUGAAAAAUGUGGACCAAACAGUGAGCCCUGAGGAACACUCUGAAACAGCAUUGUCCCCUGUUGAAGUGUACGACUCAAAACCAUUACCUCAGAUGGAUCAGAAGCAGUCUGUUGACAAACCCGAUCAGCCCCAAAGUUCUAAUCUUGCCCACAGUCCUCGGAGUGAGGUACAGCUUGAGGGUGAAAUUAGCGACACGGCCACAAACAGUCUAAAGAGAAAGUCUGCCAAGGCUCGGCAUGUGAAAGUCCGAGAGAGGGCAGCCAUUUUUGAGAAACUGAUCGAGGAAGAGACUCGAACCAGAGACUCGCAAAUAAGUGAGCCCAGAUCAAGGACUUGCUCCAGAUCAGAUUACGGCGAGGGUGCGCCAAAAAACACGGACGGUGUGGAUAUUAACUUGAGAGGUCUCAGUCGGUUACACUCGUAUGUCAAUGUACCACUAGAUGGUUUACUCUAUAAGAAAGCUCCUCUUGAAGAUGAUAUGAUCUCUGUGUCGUCAAUGUCUUCAGAUUGCUUCUUCGAUUCUCCUCAGUCCAGCGUUCGAAUUCCCCCUCUGCGUUCUCCGUCUCCCGUUCUUACUGAAGGUGAGGAUUCCUCAGAGAAGAUCUCGGAGAUGGAGUCUGUCGACACGGACAUCGUCCUACCCGAUGCUACGCCAUCGGUGGAACCUGAUUCACCAAAUAGUACCCUAGAACUCUCCCCGCGGCCUCCCCCGAUCUCGCCCAGUACUUCUGAGGAUAGGGAGAAUUCAUUCGUUAGGUCAUCGUCUCGAGAUUUUGACUACGAGGAUGUUGUCAUUCCCAAUCCAAGUGCAUCACACGAGGCUGUUUCACCAAGAAGUACCUUACAAAAUAACAAACUGCGUCCCCAAUCGCCGAAGCCGAGAGUCAUGAAGCAGGUGAAGGAAACCAGUACAGUGUCUGCGGACAAAGAGGAGAAUGCGUUAGAACUUACUAAACCCAAGCAAUCAUUCGGGGUCAACACAUACAGAAAUGUCACUCCAAUGUUUAACCUACCACCAAAACCAGUCGCUCUACAGGGGAAGAGGAAAGGCAUAGAGUCAGGUGGCCGUAAAACUAGGCCAGCUACACUCAUGGAGAAAGGUAAUGACCAUGAAGGCCAACAAAAUUUCCCAGCCAAUAAUUACAAGCCAGCCGGCCAGCAAAAGAGGCCAGGAAUAACCCCUGACAGGAGUCAGAGUAUGGGGUCAGUUAGCCUAAAUCAAAAGCUGGCAUCCAAAGACGAGGAAAACAGUCAUUUCGGCCAGCAAAAACAACCGGCCGCACCACCACAAGAAAGUACUGAUCUAGUUGCAGGCCACCAUAACGGGUCAGUCUCCCCGAGAGACAUUGAUCUUGAAUCAGUAAAUGAAUCGCUCAGUGAAACAGAUGCCUUAAGAUACGAGGAAACGACUCACCACCCGGAAGGAACAGAUGUAAUCUUAAGUGAUCAGUCAGGAACAACAAACACUGCCAUCUUGGAAACACAUUCCAUCGCUGACGUCUCAACGCAGCAACAACUGCCAGACGAGGAGUUGUCAGUCGGCAAACACCCGGAUGCCCUAAACAUGCCUCCGGAGAAUCUAAGAAAGGAACGUAGUAAGACGCACCCGGGCAGUUACGAGGUCUUUCUCCCAAAGUUCAUCGAUCCGGUCAGCCUUACAAGGAGGAUUACAGAAGUAGUCGAAACCGAGGAUGGGAAGUCGGAAGAGAUUGAAGAAGGGAACAACGAUGCGUUCAGCCUUACUGGGAGAAGUAGUGAGGUGGUCGAAACCGGGAAGUCAGAAGAGAUUGAAGAAGCGAACGUCGAUGAGUUCAGUCUUACAGAGAGGAGUACAGAGGCGGUCGAAACCGAGAAUGGGAAGUCGGAAGAGGUUGAGGAUACGAACAUCAGAGAGAAUGAAGAGCCGUCAAAUACAGAUUCCACUUCAGAAAGCGAAGUGACUGACAUGCUUUGCAACGUACCUCGGAGACUGGCUGUCAGGAGAGAUACAAAUCGUUACAGCGGCACCUGCAGUAGAAAAUGGCAGCAUGAGACAGCCCCGGCCAAGCUAGGAGGCUUGGAAAGACAAGACGCUGUCGUAGAGCCCUCCAAAGAUGUCCUCUCUCCCACGGCUGUAAGUAACCGACUCUCGCAGGCGAGUUCCGCUGGCAGUACCAUUUCUUCUCUUAUAGAUAAUGUCUCCGUUGACGAUGAUGAGGAAUUUUCGUCGUCCGAUGACGAAGCCUAUGUCAACGUCCCAGUACCCUCAAAAAAACAUUCUAACGAUAUCCCACCGCUGCCACUAUCUACAGACAAUGAGGAGGAUGGCGGUGGAACCAGCCAGGAGGAGAAGUUAAGACAAGAACUUGAGGAUGUUGUCGAAGGGGAUGGUGAAGAUGAAUGUAUUUAUUCGAACUUGGCAGCUUGUCGCAGCGGACGGCGAGAUAGCUAUGAGGAUGUCCAACUGCCUCAAGGAUCUCAACGUCUUACAGGACCUCAGGAGGAAGGUAAUGAGGAUAACUUGGAGGAGGAGGAGCGGGAUAAAGCUCCGGUCGAGAUCGAGAUGCAAGUGAUGAGGUCGCGAAUGCUCCACGGGUCUGAAAAGGAACACAGACGGAAGGCUUUUGAGUUCCACAUGCCGCUAUUCCUCAGGAACAGCAGCUCUGUUGAGUCGAAUCAUUCCGUGUCCCACAACAACGACCGCAGCGAACACUCGCAAGGAACUCUUACUGAGGACAGUGAUUCCAGCUGUGACUUCCUUGAUGUCAUUCCAAACCUCCCGGAAUCCAACCAUCAAAAAGUUAACAAGAGAGACUCAAACACCUCAUGCGAGCAAUCGGACGAUGGCUGGUCCGCCGAGUCCAGUCGACGAGUCUCCAAGGAAUCCUCCAGUGUUCAGUCGGAUCCAAGGAACUAUCGUAGAAUCCGAGGAAAGAGCUCCGAGCACGGCCGCCCGGCGUCCAGUGUGUCCACUGAUUAUGACCGGCCAGUGUCUUGUGCUUCAACUGAUUAUCACAGACCCGUCUCGAGUACGUCAGCGGACUACAUCGGCGUCUUGAACAGUUUCCAUGAAGAUGGCGUGAAAGAAGAUGGUUUCUCCUUCACGUGGACUGUCAAUCCCAACGAGGAAGGCGAGAAGGAUGAUUCUUAUCGACCUAAGAGUGAAGAGGUUAACGAGAGACCUCCCUCCUUCUACGAUGCACCGCGAGCAUCAAUUGGAUCAGCCCCGCCCCUUCCAACCUCUCGGGCACUCAAGCCGCCCAAAGUGCCACGCCCUUACAGCGAGCCCAACAGAAAGCUCAAGAGGAACAGUUUGACUCACGUCAAGAAUCUACCGAUACCGAGCAAAGAAGAAAUCACAGAGCAACUUUGUAAGAUAUCCCGACAGCGAUCUCGUUUUGUAACUCAAGAGCCCCUGUUCCAGCUUUAUCAAGAAGACGCCCGCAGCCGAGAUUCCUACCUCCGCCUCAUGAACAUCUCCUCCCUAGAGUCUCUGACGACCUUCCUGGAGAAGCAAGAAGCCCUCAAGAAAGAGAAGAGAAACAGCCAGUCCCUCCCGAACCCAAUCCACGCCCCAGAGUACCACGUCCUGGACCCGCAGCAGGAGAUCUACAACUACCAAACUGGCGAGGAGGAACUCAAGAACGAGCAGAAGAAGAAGCAGUUCCCGACGGGCGAGAAUUUUGAGCCCGAAGACAUCUACCAGACGGCUGAGCCUGUCUACGAACCUCCGGGGGAGCUCUUCUACGACACGGGGAACCUCUUACAAAACAAUGCGAUUUAUGAGUCGGGAAGUUUGGGGAGUUCGACCGGGGAAGGGUCAGGGGGAAGCGGGUCUGAUGUGGAGAUUCCAAAGCCGUAUGGUCUGCUUCAGAGGGGUGCCGGGUCUGGGGCGGUGAGGAGGUCGUACUGGAGUGAGCUACCGGAGGUCAUGAACAGCGGGCUCCUGGAGCAGAUGACGCCUGAAGAAAAGAGACUACAAGAGGCGCUGUUUGAGGUGAUCACAUCUGAAGCAUCUUACCUACGUAGUUUGAAUCUUGUCGUUGAGCACUUCUCGGAAGCCAUCACCCUCCAGCCACCAACGGGUCUACUCAACAAGGUCCAACAUCACAGACUUUUCUCUAACAUCAGGAGUGUCCGAGAUGCUAGCGAAAAAUUGCUGUUGGACCUUGAAGAGAGACAACAAGACAACAUCAUCAUCAGCGACAUGUGCGACAUUCUCUUGCAGCACUUCGACAAAGGUGGUUUCAAUUCCUACAUCGUGUACUGCGCCAACAACCAAUACCAAAUCAAGACUCUGGAGGAACUCAAGAAGAAUCCGUCCUUCGUUGAGGUGUUAAGGUUCCUUGAGAGUAGCCCAGCAUGCUGUAGUCUUGAUCUCCAGUCGUUUCUUAUGCUACCGUUCCAGAGAAUAACUAGACUUCCCUUGCUUCUCGAGGCGAUAAGACAACAGGCAAAGCUUGAGAGUCCUCUACAUAAAACAGCCAUGGAUGCACUCAAGGCUCUAAGAAGGAUGGCCGAGCAAUGCAAUGAAGAAGCAAAGAGAAUGGAGCUGAUUGAGGAGGUCACACAGCUCGCUAAUCAGCUGGACUUCAGAGAAGGGGUCAAGAAAAUGAACCUGUCUCAGACCACUUCGAUCGUCAAGCGAGGGCGUAUUCACGUCAUCAAGAAGGAGAACAAGUUACUGAACAGAGGCAGGCUGGUCGCAAAGAGCAUCCAAGUUAUUGUCUUCACGGAUAAAGUAGUCAUCUGCAAGGAGAAGAUGAAGGGAGAGCAGCUGAAGUAUGAAGUUUACGAUUGGUGCCCGAGGAAUCUAGUGCACAUAGAGGCAGUCAACAAUCCACAAUCACACAAUAAACUGCCCGACGGGGUACCGAGCACCUGCAAGCAUGUCUUCAUCAUGUCGUUCUUACAGAACAACCAGAAGAAAGAAGUCGAGUUUGCCCUCGACGCUAACUCAGAAGCUGAGAAGGAGAGAUGGAUGGAUGCUAUGCACCCUGCUAAGCGAACUCAAGACGGAGAAACUAUCUAUGAAUCUUGGGAUUGUCCUCAGGUCAUCUGCAAACAACCGUACCAAGCUCAAGAUCGUGAUGAGCUCAGACUCGACGUCUAUGACAGAGUUGACAUCGAUAAGAAAAUUGAAGGGUGGUACUACGGCACACGCGUCGGUGACAAUGCAAAGGGCUGGUUCCCUGCAAGCUACACCCAAGAGAUAGUGAACGACCACGUGUUGGCGCGUAACCUAAAACAACGACAUCGGCUGCUCUCACUCUGCGACCAACGUCUACGACACGGAAAGAUUAUGAAAAAGUGACACCUUGGCAACAAGAUGUCCCAUGAACAACUCUCAAACCACUGGUUCCCUUCAGGAUUACACCUACGGAAUGGAUAAGGAUUGAACACUGGUUCCCUGCAGCCUACUUUUUGCUUGUGCUCAUGCAUACUCCAUGUACCUAGGCAUUCUUUGCUUACACAGCUAGCGCAGACAUUUGGCGCCUGCACAGUAAGCGGAGAAUGGCGAUAGUAAGUAUAGAAUUUGGCGGUUAGCAGAGCCAUGAAAUUGGGCCCAGAUCUACAUACAUGUGUGUCAUAGGAGUUUUCAUACUCGUUUUAUACCAAGACCAACCUUUGCAAGUAUUCUACUGUAAUAUAUCUGUAUAUAUGUAAACUAUUUUUGCGAUAUUUAACCAGAGUAUUAACUAUGCCUUGAGAGAUGAAAAAAUGUACCGCAACGCCGUUAGUCAUAAAAUCAUUUUUUUUCUUUCUAUUAAAGUAAAAGAGUGCAAUGGGCACUUUUAGUGCAUAUAUCUAUUUAUAAUAAAACUACAUAGUAAGGAAGACUUAUUUAUAAUUAUUCAUAACCAUUUCUGACCAAUCAGAAUUUAGAAGGUUCUGGUGGAUUGUGUACUCCAUGUGCUGAGCAUAGGGGCCAGAUAUGUGAUAAUAAUAAUAAUAAAACACAGCAUUGUAAGGUGCACUAUCUCUGUAUUAUAAACAUUCAAAGGCGUCGGUCGGGGUCAAUAAGAGACAAUCUCAGAUGUGUUCAAAGGCCAGUCUGAAAAGAUGUGUUUUAAGGGAGUUUUGGAAGUGAGAAAUGUCAUGUGUAUCUCUUAGACUUUGAGGCAGAGAGUUCCAGGGGCGGGGGGCAAGAUUAGAGAAGGCCCUGUCACCAUAAGAGGCAAGGCGAGUCCGGGGAACGAGAAGCAUGCUGCCUGAUGACCUCAGACCUGGCCUGGCAUGCCGGUGCUGAAGCAUGCUCUGAAGGUAGGGAGGGGCUGAACCAUGAAGUGUUUUGAAUGUCAGGAGGUUGAUUUUGUACUAAUUGGUACCCAGUGAAGAUUGUGUAGCAAAAUCAAACACGAUAGACCUUAUGCACAUGACGUAAUUUCAGUAGGGCGCCCUCAUGUAGAGGUCAAAAGGAGGUUGUUCAUUGGCCAAUCCUGUGCGCCACGUGUACAAAUCUGUGCAUUUUAAUUGUUUCGUCGCCGUUUACCUCUAAGAUAGCGCCUGGGCCCAUUUUCAUGGUGCUGCAAAAGCAGGAAAUCAUUCUUAACAAUUUUCUGCUUAGCAGAAAUAAGCAGGACACCAGUCAAUAGUUGUACAUGUGACAUGGUAUUUUGGCUGGUAAUCCUGUUCUGGUAUUAAGCAUAAUUUUUUUGGCACUAAGUGUUAUUGAUUAUCAGGCUACAGUUUUUGUUCUAUUUUAAUCAAUUCAUUCAGGUCUUUCUUCUUUUUUGAUGAACAGCAUUCCAUUUUUCCAUUUGUCUUUGAAACUUAAUAUAAUUUUUUUUCAGGCUGUUUUUUUUUUUUACUUUCCAAAUCGUCACGGAAUUAGACAAGUUUAUAUCACUCCAGUCAUAAAAACACCACCUGUUUGGCCACCACUAUGAACAAAACAGGCAUGUAGAGAAAAUGAUGUAGAGUAACUCCUUGCUCACCUUGUUUUGAUUAAACUGAAGCAGAUCUGAUUUUUUUGGUUCGAUAAAACUUGGUCAACGAACACACACAAAACACAAGCUUUCUAUAACUUCAUUUUUCUUACAGUUUCUAAAAUACGUAAAACAAAUUAUGCUUUCACAAAGACUUAUAUUUGUUUUGUUCAGGGGGAAGUCACUGUCCUCUCAUUUUAAUUUGUUAAAUUUUUAAUGCGAAGUGUAGAUACAUUUUUAUAAAAAUGUUCCAGCACACAAAACAGAAGGUUGUCUAAGGAUUCAAAGAUCUGAUGAUUUUAUUCUCCGAAGUAAAAUAAAAAAAUAACUAAACAUGGCAGAGGCAGGACAACUGGUGAUAACAAAACAGAAGGCGCAUGUACUGGUGAUUAAAAUAUGCAAAUGUUUAAUUUAAAUAAUUGUAAUGAAUAUUCAUGUAAAGUUAGGAUGUUAUUUAAGUAUAUAUUCAUGACAGGUCAUGAUGAGGCUUAACAGGUAAUGAGAGGUCGGAGGUCAUGAUAGGUCGGAGGUCAUGAUAGGUCGAAGGUCGGUGUGAAAUGUAGUGCAGUAAAAGACCAAGUGUGCAUUUCAAAUGUGUUUUAUUUUUGUACAUGUAUUGUGAACCAUCAAUAAGUUGUUUUCUUUUGUUAUUUUAAAAGAUCAUUGGUUUAAAAUAUAGUUAAUAGGGACUUUUCGUUUUUGACAACGGAUGGUUCUGCGACGGUUGUACAGCUAAACGUUGUCGUUUAAAGCACA